AAAUACCGACUAGCCCUGGAUACAAGUCACCGACACCGGCGUUUAUAUGGCCUAAUUUAACCACGUGCUGUGUCCUCCAUGUGCUCAAAUAGUUGUAUACAAACAUAUCGACUAGGAUACAACCCCCUCCCAUUAGCAGCUUUAGCGCGAGUGAUGCUGAUAAGCAAAGGUUAAAGUUUGACCCGGAAGUGGUGGUAAGACACACGAGCAGCCGUUCAGUAAAGUGGAUGAUUUUGUACACAAAACAAAGAGAUGGGACGGUGGGGUUUGGAAACUUAGCGAGAGGAAUUAUUACUUCCAAUUGGUCAGGAUGUAUUUAAUGAGAUCUAAGAAGCAUUUUGAAAACCAGGAUUUCAAGGAAUUACAAGAUAAACGUGAAAAAUUUUCCGAGCGACAUCGGGAUGCCUCCAGUCGAUCAUCAGAGUCUGCUUCAGUGGAUAAAAGUCCUGCAAAAACAAAUAAAAAGGAAGAAUUUACUCUAGAGGAACUUCCAGAUGGAGCUUGUUUUAGACCAAAGUCUGUUUUAUCAAAUGUGCAGGAUGCUGAAACGGCUGUUAGACCAGCUGAGUACAUCGGAAGCUUCUCUGUCCAAGGUGCUGACCAGAAUGCUCGGGCAGAAUGUGUCCAAAGUCACCUAGAGGACAUGAGGACUGUGGGCAAAAGUAAGAAGGUCCUGCUGGUCAUCUCCUUGUCCGGGAUAAAAGUCUGCAGCAGCAAUGGGGAGAGUGUAUACAUGGCCCACGCCCUGAAGAGGAUUUCCUAUGCAACAUGUGACCCGGACCAUUGUCAGUUUUCCUUCCUGGCCAGGGAACCCAAGGGACACAUCAAUCUCCAGUUCUGUCACGCCUUCGUUACCAGCUCCUCAGAGGAGGCAGAGGAACUAAACACUAUCAUUGGGAAUGCUUUCAAGAUGGCCUACGCGCAGCAGAGAGUGCGACAACCCACAUUCAACGAGCUCAUCGAGAUACAACUGAACGAGCAGAAAGCUAAGUUCGCUGAAUAUCAGGUUCAGGCCCAGAAAGAGUUCAAACAGAAGCUCACCGAGAUAGCUACCCCGACGCCGUUCUCAGAAAAGGCAAUUCAGCGCAUGGAAAUGCGGCGGCAGUCCAGUAGUGACGAUGUCCAAGAAAAAGAACGGGAACUUGCUGUGGGCAAAAAUAAACUCUGGUUUUCGUUACAACGUAGCCCCAUCAAGGCUAAGCAAGCAGUAGACAAGGUGAAGCAUCGUUCUGCUGCCAACGAAACUUUAAGUUCCUCACCCCCGGGGCGCAGUGAGUCCCCUACGGUUGGAGGGAGGCCCCAGUCAGAGGCUCUGAUCCACAACUACAGUAUUGGAGACCCGACCAACAAACGUAAUUCCACUCCUGUUCACUCUCUUAACCAGAACGCUUCCUCCCUGGCAUUUCUCCGUAGUUCCUUUGACAGUACAAAUAACUCAGGGAAGAGUAAAGGAUCUCCUGUGACAGCCCUGAAGGAUGCUAUAGACAAAGGGUUUUGUAACGGGUCUCUCUCUAGCCAGGACAGCACAGACUCAGCCGGACUCAUUAUACAUGACCAAGAGGGCUACCUCGCCCCUCAUAAUGGCAGGCUACUUAAUGAGGACAAGAACAAGAAUCUGUGCAACAAGAUGGUCAAUCGUCCCCUUCCAGCCCUCCCUUCCCAAACCAAUGGUCAGUCAGGCAGUCCGUGUAAACACAAAAACUGGACAAGUAUGGACGAUGAUGUGCUAGUACCCCGAAGGUCAAGGUCACGGGGAGACAACAUGGGAGACUCCCCUAAAAGGAGGCCGGCCCGACCAUUAAGUGAAGUGUUCUCUGACAAAAAACUUUCUGCAUGUAAUUUCCCUGGUGCUAGACUCGAUGAGCCUGGGUGUUAUAUGUAUGGCUCGAGGGAAAUGCAGACUCGACAAAUACGAAACUCAAGGUCAGAGGGCAUGCAGAUACAACAGCAGCUUCACAUACAAAGCCAGCAAUUAAUAAACAACCACAGAUCCCCAAGUAAGCACGAUGAUCACACUUCACCAUCAAAGCAAGUGUUUAGAUACCAAAAUAACCAAAGUCCCUUCCAAGAGCCUAGCUCCUGUGAGAGUACCGAGGACCCUAGUCAGCCCAACAAAUCACGUCCAGGACUCGAGUCGUUGAUGGGACUGGAUCGGAGCCACAUUGAGGAUGAAACGCUACGCCAUGCAUCAUGGUACCAGGCUGGGAUUCCACGGGAGAUCGCCCUGGAGAUCCUUCAGCAAGAGGACAUUGGAUCGUUUAUCGUGCGUGACAGCUCCACGCACCCGGGGUGUUAUGCUCUCUCAGUCCGUGUUCCCAAGUUUGAGAACCCCACAGGCAUCUCACAUUACUUGAUACUGAAGACACAGCGAGGAGUAAAGUUAAAGGGUCUGGAGAAGGAAUGGCCAGAUCUGAUCGCUCUAGUCACACAUCACACCGUCAUGUCGGAGAUGUUACCGUGUACGUUACGUCUGCCACACAAAUCCAACAACCCGACCUUCAAGGAUAGCGACAAGGACGAGAAGGAGGAGGAUCCGGACUAUCAACGUCUCUCUGACUUCUCGUCCAUGAUGGACACGCUCAAAAUGUAGCUGCCAUGCCUCAGGUUUCCAGGGAUACUGCAAUGAACACCAACAAGAAGUGUACUGGUAUUUGAUGUUACCAUGGAUACUACAGUAGCAGACCAUGGACACUGACAAGUCAUCUACAAUGUAGUUAUCCAGUGUUUGUAUUCACCAUGGAUAUUUGUGGUUACCAUGGAUACUGCAGUGGCUA